GAAUGUGGAAUAACUUCCUCUUAUGCCGCCAGAUUUCAGUAACUCUUAAAUUUUUUACAAAAUCCCGCACAUGGACAGCAGCACUUAGCACUUCUUAGAAAUAGUUUGUUUUCAGUGUUUUGUAACUCUCAUCUGUCAAGCGUGCUUUGGACUACACUUUGAAAUGAGGCUUUGAGUAAUUAAACCACAGCCUGGAGGUUUGAACGCUGAUGCUAUCUUCUCAAAUCUAAUCUUUGUGUUGCCGAUGGCCUAAAUCACCCGUUUAGUUUAGUGCCGGGUUCAAAUCAGAAGAAGGUGAGUGACUUUUUAUGAAAUAUUAUUUGAAUUUUCAGUCAGGAAGCGAGAAAGCCAAUGCGGAAGAUAAUAAACACGUACACUUGUGUUGAAGUUAGUGCGCCGGCGCGCGCGCGCGUGUACCCGCGUACGAGCGCGAGCCACGCUGCCAUCAGAGAGGGGUUCCCCUUUCCAGCAGUGUGCAGGGACAGGAGAGGCUGACGGAGGCGUUUUAAUGUGUGAAAACUCGGACAUGAAAGAGCGAGGAAGUGCUUAAACUCAGCCUGCGUUUCGAAAAGUGAAAUGACCAGAUUUGAAGGGUAAAGUGAGUCGGCUUUGUCGCUUCUGGUCGUGCGCUCUCACAACGGAUUUCGGUCUCCAAUGCCCAAAGAGUGCAGGAGAAAGACCUCCAAGGACUUCGGGCUCUCUGGGACUAUACUGAACGAGCGGAGAUCAGCCGGGAGGUCACCGAAGAUUUGCGAUGAUCUUAUUCAGAGAGCCGCUCAAGUCGCCCCGUCGUCCACAACCGGAGCGCCGAAUGUGAUGGAGGUGCGCCAGGUACCGCAGGUCACCAUCACCCCGGAGGGAGGCGGCUCCUCCCGGGAGAUGCAGCAGGAGGACUAUGAAGACAUGGUGGAGGGUCACCUGCGCAGGAAACUCUCCAACUCCUCCAUCUCCUCCACAGGGUCCUCUGUUGUGGAGUCUGAGGAUGACUUACUCAGUGACAACGAGAGCAAAAGCAAAGGCAUCAUCACUUUGGAGCACCUGGUGGAGGCUGGAGAGAGCAAGCCGCUGUGGUGGAAGUUAAGGACGAUCGUACAGUCGCCCUUCAGUGCUCCCCAGAGGAGAAAACUGAACUGGGUUCAGUUAGCAGGACACAAAGGUAACUUCAAAGCAGCAGAUGAGGGCAAUAUUCUGAAGAAGUUCUCGGAAAAUGAGAUGCGGUGUUUCGAGACGCUGAGGAAUGACGCGCUGCUCCCUUUUGUACCCGGUUACCACGGCGUUGUGGAGAAUGAUGGAGAGUCUUUCCUUCGUAUGACUGACCUGCUGGCGAACUUUGAUUUUCCCAAUGUCAUGGACUGCAAGAUGGGAGUGAGGACAUACUUGGAGGAGGAGCUUGUUCGGGCCCGAGAAAAGCCCAAACCGAGGGAGGACCUGUACAAGAAAAUGGUGGAGGUGGACAGCGGAGGGCCGACUCCUGAGGAACAUUCUCAAAGAGGGGUCACUAAGCCUCGCUACAUGCAGUGGAGGGAGACCAUGAGCUCCACCAACACCCUGGGCUUCAGGAUAGAAGGCAUCAAGAAAUGUGACGGUACGUGUCGAACUGACUUCAAGAAAACCAGGUCGAAGCAGGAUGUCAUCCAGGUGUUCAAGGACUUUGUUGGAGGGAACGUCAGCAUCAUAAAGUCUUACCUGAGCAGACUGACAGACAUCCAGCAGGCCCUGAAGAUGUCGGAGUUCUUCAAGCAACACGAGGUCAUUGGCAGCUCUCUCCUCUUUAUCCACGACCACACGGGCAAUGCCCAAGUCUGGAUUAUUGACUUUGGAAAGACGACAGCAUUACCAGAGGGCCAGACGCUGAAUCAUGACAUUCCUUGGCAGGAAGGCAACCGGGAGGACGGCUACCUGUGGGGGCUGGAAAACCUCAUCCACACACUGGAAUCUGUGGGCAGUGAAGGGACUAACGAAGAAACCUUUUGCUCAGCUACAAAAGAAAAUAGCCAAACUACAGAGCAAGAUGGUCAGUGACCUUUGAGCUGUAGACAGGUGGAGGUAACUCAAACUAUUUUAAAGGACACCACAGAUACACUGUGAAGGAGGUUUCAUAAAUGUUGAUUUGCUCUGGGUGCGCUAUGAGCAAUUUUAGAAAGAGAAAUGCUGCAAGAGAGAACAUUUUUUGUGUAUAUAGCCACUGACAUAAAAAGACGCGAUGGACACUGAACAGAGAGGAGCAGGGAGGGUUCACUAGUUACUGAACGAUUGAGCAAAUGAACUGACACUAAUUCAACUUCCUACAAAGUGAACAGAAGUGAAAGUGGAGGGAUUCAGCAUUUAAGUUUCAAGGAUGAGAUGUUACAUGUGAAGACAAUGCUCAUAAAAUACAAAUUAAAACAGGGAGAAGGUGAGCGAAUCACAAGUCAUGAACUCAGACCUCCUUAUUGUCGUCAUAUUAAAUAGCAUGAUGUGAAAUUCUGUGCUGUAUGACGCCGACACAGCGUCACUAUGGUACGUCACACUGUAUAAUGAUUAGAGUGUAUUAUCUGUCACUGUUCAGACAAACAGUCUUUUACUGUGGUUUUACUAUAGACUCAGCCUUAAUACAUGGUGCACAUUUUACCAGGUGAGCUACCAGGUCACCCAUCGACCAUUAAUGCAAACAUAAAAUUUAAAUUAAACAUUAGUUAUUUUCAUUUCUUGUGCUGUUGCAAACUUUGUUGGGUACUGAUGCUAUAGCACAUGUUUGCCAGAGAUGUCAAAGGAAAGAUACUGUUACAUACCGGUAUAUUGUCAAUCGUAGAACACUAUUGUGGUGUCUUAAUAUGUUAGCCACGACUGAGUUCACUCAUUUUCAUUUUGUACCACUGGUACAAAAGACCCCGUGUAAGUGAUCAUACUCAAUUAAGAUCUAUAUGUUUAUUUAUAUGGGACAAAAUUAUGUUAGAAUAAAGUGUAAAAGACAGCAUAUUGCAUAGAAUGCAUUUCUGGUUGAGGCAUAUCACUCUCAGGUACACAACAAAAGGAGAAAAAACAACUUUUUAGGGAGUGUGAAAUAAAAUUCACAAGGCCAUAGAUCAUAAACACUGAGCAAAUGAUGAGGAUGAUUUUUUUUCUCUCUGUGAAAGACAUUCCACAAUAAUCAGUAUAUCUUGCUAUAAAGUCUUCAGAAAACUACAUGAGCCUUUUGGUGAGUUACUACCAGCAUAAACACUCAAAUAAAAACACACAGUAAGCCUAUGGAACCCUCAUAUAAAUGUCACCGUUCAUUUUAACAACAUUUUAAAAAAUAAACAAUCAACACGUUUAAGCUCAAAAUAAAGACACGUUGGAUACAACUACAAAAAUGAUUACAUAAUCUGAAAACAUAAAUAUUGAAUAGAAAUUUCCAUAAUCAAACUGACAUAACUUUAUGAACUGAGGAACUUGCAGUGGCAUGUUUGGUAUAUCAGAGCUGAAUACCUCCCCCUGCUGAGUAAACAUAGGUACUACCAGCACUAUAUCAGUAGAUGCAGCGUAGAGGUAUCUAAUGGCAGUGAUCGACUACAAAUACAGAAUCAUCAUGAACAUAAAUGAAUACAAAUAAAUGAUAAAACAGCUACAAAUGGGUUAGUCCAGUGUACGGAAGUGAGUACAAAAAUAGCAAAUAUUUCCACAGCUGCAUGGUCAUCAACAAAUAAUAUACGCUUUAUACAUUUAAGAGGCCAAAUAAAUAUGAAGACAUGGGCAAAGAGAGUCAGGAAUAAUCAAAAAUUUGCAAAGCCAAAUCAAGGCUGUUGUAGUUUCGCAAAAAAAAAAAAAAAUAAAAAAAAUCCCAGCACAACUUUGCUUACUUACAGAACA